AGGGAGUUGGGGCGUUGAGCGUGAAAUUCCUAAGGAUAUGAUCCCGACUGAUGCCGCUACUUUGCAAGGUGUGACGAAGGUGUGGUGGUGUGCAUGUUGUUGUGAGAGGUGUUAAAAAUGUCAGGUGAUACCACCACACUGUCAUGGAAGGUCCCCAGCCCAGGCUCUGAUGGACCCAAGAGCCCUGUGUUUGGCCUCGCUGGAGAGGGCGGACCUGUGAAGAUCCUCAAGGUGUGUUUCAGCAGUAGCAACAACCUGAAGAAUUUCAAACUUGUCAAGUGUGACAGCUCAUGGCAGAUAAGGGCCAUCAUCCAGUCUAUCCUUAUUAGUGGACGCUUGGGCCCGAACGUGCAGAAUGCAGGUUGCUUCGGCCUCAGACUCAAACACCUGAAGUCCGAGGAACUCCACUGGCUGCAUCCAGACCUCACAGUGGGGGAGGUGGAGCAGCGCUAUGAGAAACUCCAUGUGGAGGCAGAGUGGAGAUAUGACUUGAGGAUUCGCUACAUACCACUGAAUUUCUUGGAAAGGUUUAAAGAAGACAGAACCUCACUACUAUAUCUCUAUCAUCAGGUUCGGAGUGACUACAUGCAGCAGUAUGCCAGUAAAGUCAGUGACGGUAUGGCACUGCAGCUAGGCUGUUUGGAGAUCAGGAGGUUUUACAGAGACAUGAAUGCCAAAGGUCUUGAGAAGAAAUCCAAUUUUGAAUUGUUAGAGAAGGAAGUUGGUCUAGAACUUUUCUUUCCACAAAAACUGUUAGAGAGUAUGAAGCCAAAGCAGCUGAAGAAGAUGAUACAGCAGACCUUUCAGCAGUAUGGCACACUCAAAGAGGAAGAGUGCAUGUUCAAGUUCUUUAAGACCUUCGGAGAAUUCAUUAACUUCAAUGAAGAGGUGUUCCCCUGUGAAUUAGUGCAAGGCUGGAGUCUAGCAGUGGACUUGGUCAUUGGCGCAAAAGGUAUUCGCCAACGCGCACAAACAGAUUCAUCGACAGUCUGUCUGGCAGACUUUAAACAGAUCCGAAGUAUCAAGUGCAGUCCACAAGGUGAUGGCAAAGCACUGUUAGACAUUGAAAUCAAGGGAGCCAAACAGGCCCUCUCUAUCAGCGUUCCUACUGUGGCAAUGGCAGAGAACAUGGCUGAUUUGAUUGAUGGCUACUGUCGAAUGGAGAGCAAUACCGAUACAUCUCUGAUACUUAGAACAAGGGCAGAGCCUCGAAAUGCCCUUCCUGCAAUCCCCUUAGCAAAGCUGCCCGAGCCAGUAAAAGACACUGAAAGAUAUAGCAGGAACUCUGAUAUAUACUGUGAAAUUCUGGAUGAAAAACCACCACCUUCAGUGAAAUAUGGAAUCUCUAGGAAGUCCAUAGUCUUGGGACGGAUCUUAGGUUCGGGCUUCUUUGGUGAGGUUUAUGAAGGAGUCUACAAAAAAGAGAAUGGAGAGAAGGUCAGUGUGGCUGUGAAGACCUGUAAAGACUGCUCACCCGAUGUGAUGGAGAAGUUCAUGAGUGAAGCAGUUAUCAUGAAAAACUUGGACCACCCUCAUAUAGUGAGUCUGAUCGGAAUCAUUGAGGAAGACCCGGUGUGGAUCGUCAUGGAACUUUAUAAGUACGGGGAGCUUGGGGACUACUUGACCAAAAAUCAGAACAUUUUGACCAGUGUCACACUAGUGCUAUUUAGCUUGCAGAUUUGCAAAGCUCUGGUCUACUUACAGGGGAAAAACAUGGUGCACAGAGACAUUGCUGUGAGGAAUGUGCUUGUUGCUGCUCCGGAGUGUGUGAAACUUGGUGACUUUGGCCUGUCCCGAUACAUCGAGAAUGAUGAAUAUUACAAAGCCUCUGUUACCCGAUUGCCAAUCAAAUGGAUGGCCCCUGAGUCCAUCAACUUUCGUCGCUUCACAACAGCCAGCGACGUUUGGAUGUUUGCUGUCUGCAUGUGGGAGAUCAUGAGUCAUGGUCAGCAGCCCUUCUUUUGGCUGGACAACCGGGACGUGAUCAACCAGCUGGAGCAGGGAAUCCGUCUGCCCAAGCCAGACUCAUGCCCUCCUGCACUCUACUCACUCAUGACCCGCUGCUGGAGCUACGACCCCAAUGAGAGGCCCACAUUCACUGAGCUCGUCUGCAAAAUUAGUGAUGUCCACAAGAUGGAGAAGGAGCUGGAGGCAGAGAAGGAGAGAGACAGAGAGAGAACUCGUGCAGCCAGGUUGGAGCCCAAGAUCACCAUCAGCGAGCCUCCACCCAAGCCCUCAAGAAUGAACCCCGGUCGCUUCGGGAAUACCCUCAACAUUGGUCUUCACAUUCAGCUGAACGAGGCUUUAUGCGCCAGUUCUCCAGACUUGGCCAGUCCUUGUGACUAUCAGUCCCCCAUAGACUCCACCAACAACAUCAUGGUUCCCAGCAUGGCCACCCGCCGCCUCAGUUUGGGGGAAGGGGAGUUCAGUGUGGGGCCAUCCAGCAUGGAGGACGCACAGCGACUGUGGCAGGCGGAGAAGCAGCGUCUACACGAUACCCUGAACAAGCAGAAGGAGGAGAUGGUGGAGGACAAGCACUGGCUGGAGAAAGAGGAAAAGUGUCUGGACCCCAAGAUUAAUGAGAACACCACUGUUGAGUUGCCUCCAGACCCUCAGUCUAGUUACGCUGACCUGCAGAAGCCUCCUGCAAAGCCCCCAAGAAUUUCAGUGCAGCCUGCCCCCACAGCAGAGCUGGACCGUUCAGAGGACAAGGUGUACCAGUGUAUUAUGGAUCUGGUUCAGGUGGUGGUUAAGCUGAAAAAUGAUGUGAACACACUGCCAUCCACUGAGUACAUAAGCAUAGUCAAGUCUGUUGGAAUGACGCUGCGUGAUCUGAUUCACAGUGUGGAUGACAUUCUGCCAUCUCUUCAUGAGUCUGUAAGGACAGAGAUUGAAGGUACGCAGAAGCUGCUGAACAAGGACAUGGCGGAGCUGAUAAAUAAAAUGCGGCUGGCGCAGCAGAACGCCAUCACCUCUUUGAAGGAGGAGUGCAAGAAGCAAAUGCUCUCUGCUGCCCACACGCUGGCCAUGGAUGCCAAGAACCUACUGGACGCUGUGGACCAGGCACGGGUGCGCGCCAACCUUGCCCGCCCUAAGCCUGCGGAAGCUGGCGCCCUGGACGCAGACUAGAGAGGGUGCAUUGGCUCAUUGCAUUCUAACAAACCUGCUGACUUCUAAACUUGGCAUUCUAUAUCUGGAUACCUUCGAGGGCUAGUUUCCUGGAUGCUGGUUAUGCCUACUGCUGAAAUAAAUUGUGGUCUGUGGGGAUUAUUCAUUCAGUAUCCAUUUUGGUCUUGGACAAAAAUGGCCAGUCAUUUCCGCGGAGAUACAGUGUCCUAACCUCUGUAAUGAUGGAUUUAACGACCAUCUUAACAUUAGAUUUAAGUGAUAUUUUGGGGUGGGAAUUAAACUUGGGUGUAGGGAUGAUUUCUUGGCGCGGUGUUGGACUAGGCAUAUUUGAACCAGAGCUACACUAUUUCUUUAUGGUGAACUGAAACAUGAGUACAGUCUCCUUAUAUGUAGAGGUUAAGCACCUGUCGAUAGAAUCAGACCUUUGCCUUGGUUAUACCUGUCCUUUUAUUAUGACGCAGUGCAUCUGAUUUACAUUUACAUCAUCAUUUGGGAGAUUAACCACAGUGACUUACAUAUGUAUCACUAUGAGAGUACAUGUUUAGCCUGGGAUCGAAUCCAUGACCUUGGUGUUGCUAGCAUCUUGUUUUACCUGCAUUACUAAGAGGGCUGUGGAAUCUCACCUCAUCUCAUUUAAUCAUGCCAGGAUACAUUAAUAAAGUCAGAUGUAUGCAGUCUCAGGACGGAUCUUGGCCAUGAAUCCACUCUGAAAAUCCACAUAUUGAAAUGGCCUUGCAUCACUACCAGAUCUCAUCAUAGAAUUGGUAGGAGAGGUCUGUCUAUGAUUUGUGGACAUCGUUCAGUCUGCCAAGCAGCGUUCUUCAUCUACCUGUUACCACGUCCCCCACUGUUUCAUCAAUAGUUUCUGGCUCCGCUUCACUCGAUGUGUAAAAACAGGAAACAAAACCACCGCAAGUCUAACCAGAAAACAGUCAUAACAAAUAUAACAGAUAACCGUUAUAUGAAAUAAGCCUAUUUUUCCAGAGAUGGCCUUGGAAAUGCAAAAACAGGAUUUUUACCAAACUUGGCUUCAGAGCCAAAGGAAAACAUUUUUUUUUUUUUUUUUUAAACUAGUCAACAAAAAUGUCCAGCAAGCUAACAGUAAUUGUCCCAUUAACUGCAAUACGUGUGCUCAGUGGAAAAAUAAAAUAAAAUAAAAGCUUCUGUAAUACAGGCUGCAGGAAAGAAAUCUCUUCUCAGAAUUCACAUUCACAUGUUAUGUGUGGACACAUCAGUGUGACCUGAGCCAAGAUCCGAUUUUGUUUACUUAAGUCACUUUGAAAUUACAGGUGUUAUCCUGGCCAACAAUGUGAGGUUUAACUAUAUUUCACUAUCAGGAGAUUAUUGGAACUCUUUCUGGAGUAGAAUUGUUCAGGACAAGAUUUUACUGUACUUAUCCAAUUUCUACAAGAAAUAUUCAAUUAAAUGUGUACAUUAACAGAAAAUAAGAUUCACAAAAAUGUCUAAGGCUAUUAGAAAGAAACCCUUUCUGUGUUGCAUCUUAAAAAUGAAUGACAUAUUAGAAACUGAGUUUCAGACCAAAAAGUGUCAGGUUGCGGUUCAGUGCGUUUUCUCAGCAAACGGCGAACUAAAAAUGCAAUCAAAAUGUACCAUGUUGAAUGUGAUUUCUUCAGCUUAUCAAAAUAUUUUUACACUCUUAUUUUUGGAGUUUAAUCCUCUUACUGUAGCAAGUUUAUAUACCUUUUACUGAUGGAGUUAAGUUCAUUAAUAUUAUUAAUAAAAAAAAUAAUUUCAUCCUAGCAUUAGUCUGUUUCUAG